GCAUUAUUUCUGGUAUCAACAAGCAACAUCAACACCAGGUUUUGUUUUUUUUUUCCUCUCCUCUUCCACAGUCGCGUCUCAAUGUGCUAUCACGCUCAAUAAUAAUUCACACACACACACUCCUUCUCUUGAGGAUUCUCCUUCAAUAAUCACAUGCAUGUCGGGCGGUGGAGAACACCUGAAAGAUGAGGGCACGAGACGGCAAGUCGUCCUCGCGGGCGGUAUAGCUGGUCUGGUCUCACGCUUUUGCAUUGCGCCUCUCGAUGUCGUUAAGAUCAGAUUGCAGUUGCAGAUCCAUUCGUUAUCGGAUCCUUCUUCGAUCCAUGGCCUCAAAGGUCCGGUGUAUAAGGGGACGCUCCCUACAAUGCGAGCGAUCAUCCGUGAGGAGGGAUUGACUGGGCUUUGGAAAGGCAACAUUCCCGCAGAACUCCUCUACGUCUGCUACGGCGGCAUCCAAUUCACCACCUACCGUACAACAACCCAAGCGCUGUCGAAACUAGACCCGCACCGCCUACCUCCCUCCGUCGAAUCUUUUAUCUCAGGCGCCUUCGCCGGUGGUGUUGCGACCGCAGCCACUUAUCCUCUUGACCUAUUGCGCACGCGCUUUGCAGCGCAGGGGAAGGAGCGUGUCUAUACCUCCCUCUGGUCCUCCGUACGGGACAUUGCUCGGUACGAGGGGCCGCUGGGCUUUUUCCGCGGAUGCAGUGCAGCUGUCGGACAGAUUGUGCCAUAUAUGGGCCUUUUCUUCACAACAUACGAGACCCUACGGCCAUCAAUGGCAUCGUUCAACGACUACCUGCCCUUCGGAUCCGGGGAUGCCGCCGCCGGUGUAGUCGCGAGCGUGCUGGCCAAGACAGGCGUAUUCCCAUUGGAUCUAGUCAGGAAGCGAUUGCAAGUGCAGGGGCCAACCAGGUCGAAAUACGUGCACGCGAAUAUCCCGGAAUAUCGCGGAGUUUUCAAGACAAUCCAGCUGAUCCUUCGGACACAGGGGGUACGCGGGUUGUAUCGAGGCUUGACCGUGAGCCUGUUCAAGGCGGCACCCGCAAGCGCGGUCACUAUGUGGACAUAUGAGCACGCCUUGAAGACUCUUCGCGAGAUGGAUAUCGCGAGCGAGAAAAAUUAGAUUUCUUUUGUUCCUUUUUACCUUUUCUUCCCGGCGUUUUUUCACUGUUUUCCUUUUUAACUUUUGCAGCACCACAUGUACAACACAACACAGAUAAGAGCGUUCGUUGUUAGUUUCUUUCUUUUUACUACUGGGUCUCAACCCCAGCACCGGAUAGAUAUAUAAAAGAGGUACGAUAGAAGACCAUAUCUAAUUCUUAA